AUGGCGUCCGGACGAAAGGAUUUCCUGAGCCAGGCAGCGCCUGAAAAUUACGUCGCUGGUCUCGGUCGUGGUGCGACAGGAUUCACCACUCGCUCCGAUCUUGGCCCGGCGCGCGAAGGACCUACGCCCGAACAAAUCCAAGCUGCCCUUACCAAGAGAGCUCAACAGCUGGGAGCCGCUGCGCCUACCGCCUACGGAAAUAACUCGCGCGAAAAAGGAGGGAAAGAAGAUGAGAAGGAGGAGGAAGAUGAACGGUUCCAAGACCCCGACAAUGAGGUUGGACUAUUCGCCUACGGACAGUUCGACCAGGAAGAUGACGAGGCAGAUCGCAUCUACCAAGAGGUAGAUGAAAAGAUGGACAAGCGCCGGAGGGCUCGCAGAGAAGCUCGAGAGAAGGCCGAACGAGAGGAUUUCGAAAGCAAGAACCCGAAGAUUCAACAGCAGUUUGCGGAUUUGAAACGAACACUCGCCUCCGUAUCCGAAGAAGACUGGGCCAAUCUACCAGAAGUCGGUGAUCUGACAGGAAAAAAUCGACGAGACAAGCAGAACAGCCGACAACGAUUCUACGCUGUUCCGGAUAGUGUGCUUGCUGGCGCAAGAGACUCCGCCCAAUACGGAACGACAGUCGCUGAAGAUGGCUCCCAAACAAAUGCCGAAGGAGAAGGGGCGGGCACAAUGACGAACUUUGCAGACAUCGGUGCUGCGCGUGAUAAGGUGCUCCAGGUCAGGCUGGACCAGGCUGCCCUUUCUGGCGAUGCAGCAUCCGGAAGCGCCACGAGCAUUGAUCCCACCGGUUACCUCACCAGCUUGAACAAGUCAGAAAGCAAAUCUAGUGAGGCCGAGGUGGGUGACGUCAAGCGUGUCCGCGUAUUGUUGGAAUCAGUCACGAAGACCAACCCCAAGCAUGCCCCCGGUUGGAUCGCUCUCGCUCGUCUUGAGGAAAUCGCGGGUCGAAUUGUGGUUGCCAGAACACUCUUGGCUAAGGGAUGUGAGCUCUGCCCAAAGAGCGAAGACAUAUGGCUGGAAAACAUCCGUCUCAACGAAGGCCACAACGCAAAGGUUAUCGCAGCAAACGCCAUCAAAAACAAUGAUCGCUCUACGAAACUCUGGACCGAGGCUAUGUUACUAGAAACGGAUAUCCGUGCGAAGAAGAACGUUCUUCGACAAGCUAUUCUACACAUUCCUCAGUCAGUUCAGAUCUGGAAAGAGGCCGUCAAUCUGGAAAGUGACCCAGCCGAUGCGCGUCUGUUGCUCGCCAAGGCAGUUGAAAUGAUUCCCCAGUCAGUCGAGUUGUGGCUUGCCUUGGCCCAUCUUGAGACCCCCGAAAACGCACAAAAGGUACUGAACGCUGCCCGUAAAGCCGUUCCUACCAGCUUCGAGAUCUGGAUCGCAGCCGCUCGACUUCAGGAGCAAAUGGGCACUUUCGAGAAGAUCAAUGUCAUGAAACGUGCUGUUCAGUCAUUGGUUCGUGAAAAUGCCAUGCUGAAGAGAGAGGAAUGGAUCGUAGAAGCCGAAAAGUGUGAAAAGGAAGGUGCCGUUCUCACCUGCGGUGGCAUCAUUCAAGAGACCCUUGGGUGGGGCCUGGAUGAAGACGAUGAUCGCAAGGUCACCUGGAUGGAGGACGCGAAAGCUAGCAUUUCCCGUGGCAUGUAUGAAACUGCGCGAGCCAUCUAUGCGUACGCUCUUCGUGUCUUCGUCAACCGCCGAUCUAUCUGGAUUGCAGCCGCUGAUCUGGAACGCAUCCACGGCACCAAAGCAGCACUAUGGCAAGUCCUCGAGAAGGCUGUCGAGGCCUGUCCUCAAAGUGAAGAGCUUUGGCUCCAGCUUGCCAAAGAGAAAUGGCAGUCUGGAGAGAUCGAUGAGGCCCGACGAGUACUUGGUCGUGCCUUCCACCAAAAUCCCAACAACGAAGAUAUUUGGCUUGCGGCCGUCAAGCUCGAAGCCGACGCCAAGCAGACCGAUCAAGCUCGAGAACUUCUGGCCACCGCUCGUAGCGAGGCCGGCACUGAUCGCGUGUGGAUCAAGAGUGUUGCCUUUGAGCGGCAACUCGGUAACACCGACGAUGCUCUUGAUCUGGUCAAUCAAGGGCUACAGCUUUUCCCCAAGGCUGAUAAGCUCUGGAUGAUGAAGGGACAGCUAUACGAAGCACAAAAGAAAAUCCCACAAGCGCGCGAGGCGUACGGAACCGGCACCCGGGCUUGUUCCAAGUCGGUCGCAUUGUGGUUGCUCGCUUCACGGCUGGAGGAAAACAAUGGCGCAGUCGUUCGAGCCCGUUCUAUUCUUGAUAAAGCUCGUUUGGCCGUCCCCAAGUCCCCCGAGCUCUGGACUGAAAGCGUGCGUGUCGAGCGUCGCGCCAAGAACAUCACCCAAGCCAAGACUAUGAUGGCGCGUGCGAUUCAAGAAGUCCCCUCGUCCGGUCUGCUAUGGACCGAAAGCAUCUGGUUCCUUGAGCCUCGUGCCUCGCGCAAAGCUCGCAGUCUGGAGGCUAUGAAGAAGUGCGAGAAUGAUGCCGUGCUAUUCAUUGCCAUUGGGCGUAUCUUCUGGAGUGAGCGUCGGUUGGAUAAGGCUAUGACAUGGUUUGAGAAGGCCAUUGUUUCAAAUAGCGAUUAUGGAGAUGGUUGGGCUUGGUAUUACAAGUUCCUGCAGGAACAUGGCACGGAGGUUUGUCGUCCAGGAUAUACACCAUUGUCGGAACACUCAGCUUACAUUCUUAUACAGGAAAAACGGGCCGACGUUGUGACCAAGUGCACUACGGUGGAACCCAAGCACGGCGAGAUCUGGCAGUCCAUCGCAAAGGAUCCGGCUAACGCACACAAAACCACGGAGGAACUUCUCACUUUAGUUUCAAAUACCCUCAACUAG